CACUGUUGGUCACGUGACUUGCUGAAAUAAACACGGUGAGCGCGUUGCGAGCACGCAUGGUUCAUCCGGCAAUACCUAGAUUGAAUCCUGAUGUUUACUCGUCGUUCUUGAUCGUCGUGAGAAUGCUUUAAUAGGAGAAUUACGUUCUAUUAUCGUCUGAAUAAGGUUAGUCAUAUUCAAAAUCGGCCAUACUUUCACGCUUAAGAUUCAUCACAGCGACAAAACUAUAAACAUGCCGAUUGAGUGUAAAUAUUGUCACAGACAAUUCGAAGACGACAACUAUCACAUGACCCACCGAACUAUCUGCGUCAAAAAGAUGCGGAAAAAUAGGAAGCAAAGCUUGGACAGCAAGUGGGGGAAGUAUAAAUGCUCCAAAUGCAACAAGCAGUUCAUGACGAGGCAAAAGAUGUUAUGCCAUCAAUGGAUCCACAGGAAAAAGCAACACUUGUGCAAGACGUGCGGCAUGCAAUACAAGAAGCAGUCUGAGCUGAACGUGCACAAACUGUCGGCACAUUUGCUGGAGAAGCCGCACGCUUGCUUAAAGUGCGGCAAGAGCUUCGUUUCGCGUCAAGAUUUCUGGGAACAUGACAAAACACACAAAACCAAUCCGGCGUGUUUUCAAUGUAACGAGUGUUUAAAAAGCUUCUCGUCUCGUCAGGGAUACCUAAAUCACGAGCUCACGCACACGGGCGAGCGUCCGCAUAAGUGCAAAGGUUGCUGGAAGUCCUUCCGAGACCAGAGCACUCUGAAGAAACACGAGCGUAUCCACACCGGUGAGAAACCGUACGUGUGUCCGUUGUGCUCGCGGGCGUUCAAUCAGAAAGUGCUAUUGCGCGAACAUGUGCGCUGGGUGCAUGUCGCGGUCAAAACCGAGGUGAAUGGUUUGUCGUAUCAGUGUUCACUGUGCAAAGCUUUCAUUGAAGACCGCGACGAACUCUGCGUGCACAUCGUCAGACAUUCUGAUCAGAUGGUAAAUCAGGUUAAGGUGAAGACCAACAACAGCCACCAGGAAUCGAAGUCGUCGUCGUCGUCGUCAUCAUCGUCAUUAUCAUCGUCAUCAUCGUCAUCAUCAUCGUCGCCGCCGCUUCGUCGAAGCCUUCGUCCUCGUCAACGUCAAGUUGUGUAGCGUGAAUACGUUAAACAGCAAGUACGGUGCACUGGAGCAUUUUGUCUCGAACACCGAGCAGAAUGAGGUCCUGCUAUUAAUUACGGAGAACGCGGACAAUCUGCACGUGAUGGACAUCAAGGAGGACGAGAACAUCUAUAUUUCACAUGUCGAGAAUCGCCGGGACUCUCCUAGAUAUGAUUGCCGGAGGAUCCAUAUUAUACAAGUGAUACAAGGCAGUCGAUGGUAUCUGCAAAGAAGUCCGCAGGCGGCGCGCUCGUCGGGACGGUCAGGCACGAAGAGAUGACGGCAAUGCAUCUGAUUUAGGUCUCCCCCGGCAAGCAGAACGCUCUUAACAUGGUAUAUAAUCAGAGCGAGUCGCUGCCGGUGUUGGCUAUACUGAACCCACAAUGAUUACUCUAGUCAAAUCGUACAGAUGAGCGACGCAGACACGCCAAUGAUAGCUUACUAGAUGCAGCAGCUCAAGAAUGGGAAGAGCCGACAGAGCCUGGCUGAUGCAACCAGGACAAACAGAAUCACUUGUUGCAGGGGAAAGUUUCUCGGACGGCAGUUAUUCAGGUAAUGGAGUACCAGCAGCGGGAGAGCAACGAGAAGUUCACUUGUGAAAUCUGAGGAGGGAUUCCAUGAGAAGAACACAUUAAGAUUCACGUGUAAUCGUCGUUGUUGUACUCUGCUACUUUUUUUUCGUUUUUUGGGUUUUUAAUCUCCGCACGCUGAUCGUUCCACAACGUGUAACAUUCCAAAAUAGUAACGAAAAUAGCAAUGAGUGGCAAUAAUUUCUUACUGCCAGUGUCACCUUAAAUCGUGAUCCUUCUGAACUUGCUAUCCUGGAUUAUGCAUCGACGUGUAUUAGUAAUUUUUUUUUUUUACAUCUAAUUCGAGCGCUAAUUUGAUUGAAUUCCUGAUUUUUUUUUUUUGUGAAACUGCAAAUGAGAUUAUUGUUGCAGCAAACAAUUGCGAACGAAAUGCUAAUAUUUUCUGCACUAAAAAAUUAAUGUUUAAAAGUGUCAGGUGUAAGGUUUGCGUAGAUUAAAUUGUAUGAGAUUCAUCAGCUAGAAACAUUUUCAGUUAGUCUGUAUUACAUUGAAGUAUUUAAAACUGAUUUUUAGAAAUGGGAAGAAAGUGGAUAAUAGAAAUACAGCAAUAUAGAGUAAGGUUUUUUGUGAACAAAAGGGUUGCAACCCUUUUUUUGGAUAAGUUGCGAAGCAUCCAAUCCAAUAGGAGAAUGUGUUUUUUAGUUAUUUUCAGGAGAUAUUUUUAUUGGGUAUGAAAUUAAUUGUGAAAAGAAAAAAGUGUUGCAAACUUUCCAUUCACGACUGCAUAUCAUAUAAUAAUAUAAUA